AUGGCCGUCGACAAGAGAAAAGUAAACGGCGCUGACAGCGUUGUUGCUGUGAGCGAAGAAUUGGACAGUCAAAAGAAACAAAUUAAUAGUGAUGUUACUUCAAAUGAUGUAGAGUUGAGCAGCUUAAAGAAAGACAUUAAUGGCCAUGUAACUCACGAGCUAUUAGACUAUGAACCCAGCGGAUGGUUCGAAGUUACUUUGUCGAAGACUGGAAGUUCAAUAGAUAUAUUUGUUAAGAAGAACAAAUCAGCUAUGAAGACGAUAUCGAUCUUUAUAUUAAAUGGUCUCGUUAUUGGUUUCUUCUUCGCCUGCUUGUAUUACUGGAUUAAUUACAGUUCUGAAGCCCUUGAACUGUGCUUCGGCUUCGGGAGUCUCAUUGCCUUAUUGAGUAUAGUUUACUUUUUCAUAAUAUACUUCUUAGUGGUGAAGAGAUUGUUCGGAAAAUGGUUCGAAAGAGUAAUAUGGACAAAAGUAAAGAAAACAUCGUCACGGUUGUGGAGAACUACAGUUUUUCGAUGGUUACUAUGUCUAACUAUCAUAGUAGGUAUAGCUUUCUUCCUGUACUGGGACACAAGAGACUCACCAGAGAGAUUGAUACCGUUACUUGGAUUAGGACUUUUGCUUUUGAUGGGAUUCGUGUUUUCUAAGCACCCUGGCCGCAUUAACUGGCAGAGUGUCAUGAUCGGGCUGCUGCUGCAGUUCCUCUUCGGAGUGAUCUUCAUCAGGUGGAGCACGGGCCGACACGCGCUGCAGUGUUUCUCUGAUAAGGUGGCAACGUUUUUGUCUUACGGUAUGGAAGGUGCUGAAUUCGUGUUUGGGAGACUACUUGUAAAAGAUGAACAAGUUUUCGCCUUUAGUUCGCUGCCUGUAAUCUUCUUCUUUAGUAUGCUGGUCGAAGUUCUGUUCUUCUGGGGAGCCUUACAGUGGUUUUGCCUGAAGCUCGGUAGUAUCUUACAAGCUGCCACGGGUACCACCGUUUGUGAGAGCGUCAUCGCUGUUGGCAAUGUGUUUCUAGGAAUGACUGAGUCAGUUCUUCUAGUUAAGCCCUAUCUACCAGUUCUAACCGAAUCCGAGCUUCAUGUCGUUAUGUCAUCUGGUUUUGCUACAGUUUCCGGCACCGUGCUGGCGGCGUACAUCGCCUUUGGGGCAGAGCCCGCGCACCUGGUGACGGCGAGUGUCAUGUCCGCACCAGCUGCAGUCUGCUUCGCGAAGCUUCUACUGCCUGAGACUAGGCGCUCGCUUACUACUGUUGACAAUAUACAGACUGUUGAGAGGCAGGACCAGUCCGCACUCUCAGCGGCUACUCGCGGUGCAACGAAUGGAAUAUCUCUAAUCCUGAACAUCAUCGCCAACUUGGUAGCUUUCGUAUCUUUCAUCGCGUUCUUGAAUGGCGUACUGGGCUACUGUGGCGGAUUGCUCGGCGACCCGGAUAUUAAUUUGGAAUAUAUAUUGGGAAAGAUAUUCAUUCCGUUGUGCUGGAUGAUGGGAGUUCCUUGGGAAGAGUGCGAGCUGGUGGGAUCUCUGAUCGGUCUGAAGACGGUCGUAAACGAGUUCGUAGCGUACCAGAGGUUGGGGGAGAUGAAAGCAGAAGGAUUGUUAUCUUCUCGAGCGGAGUUGAUCGCGACGUACUCCCUCUGUGGGUUCACGAACCCCUCUUCAGCGGGCAUCAUGAUCGGAGCGAUAUCCGCCAUGGCGCCGAACCAGAGGGAAACUCUAUCAAGUAUGACUGUGAGAGCAUUCUUCGCUGGCUGUGGUAUCUGCUUCAUGACUGCGUGCAUAGCGGGAAUUUUAAUGACAGAUGACUCAUUUUGA